AUGAGGAAGACCCAAGAAAAUUGUGACAAUAUGAGGCCCAGGUUGGCCCAGGUUUGGGAAGGACCGACUAGUGAUGACUUCGAUCCUGUUGGUAGAGAUGGUUAUUACUUCAACGGAUUCAUGGAUCGAUACGAUGCCAUUAGAUGUGCAAACAGUCACUCAAACCUUCAAGAAGAUCUGAUAGAGCAUUUUUGGAACGUACUUGGUGUAUAUGAAUGGGAUGGUAACAAUCCACUGCCUCCUGAACUGUGGCUUUUACCGUACUUUCUCCCAGUACACCCAGGCCGAAUGUGGUGUCACUGUAGGAUGAUAUACCUGCCCAUGUCAUAUUUAUACGGCAAGAGAUUUCCCACCGCCCGUCCCAUCAAUGGCCUUAUUAUAUCCCUCAUAACAGAGCUUUAUACCUUUCCCUAUCACCUGAUUGAUUGGGACCAAGCAAGAAAUCAAUGCGCCAAGGAGGAUUUGUAUUACCCACAUCCCAUUUUACAGGACGUGCUGUGGGGGUGUCUUCAUAAGGUUGGGGAACCUCUUCUCAUGAGAUGGCCAUUGUCUAACCUCAGGCAAAAAGCUCUCACCACUGUGAUGGACCACAUACACUAUGAGGAUGAAAGCACUCAGUAUAUCUGCAUUGGAGCUGUCAAUAAGGUACUAAACAUGAUUUGUUGUUGGGCGGAGGAUCAGAAUUCAGAAGCGUACAAGUGUCAUCUUUCAAGAAUCAAAGAUUAUCUAUGGGUUGCAGAAGAUGGAAUGAAAAUGCAGGGAUCGAUUGGAUCUCAAUGCUGGGAUGUUGCUUUGGCUGUUCAAGCAAUCCUUUCUACCAACCUUGUGAAUGAAUAUGGUUCCGUGCUUAAGAAGGCGCACCAUUUCAUCAAAAAUACACAAGUUAGGAGAGGCAGCUAUGGCAAUCUGCGUUACUGGUACCGUCACAUUUCUAAGGGCGGAUGGCCCUUCUCCACUGCAGACAAUGGUUGGCCUGUCUCAGAUUGUACAGCUGAAGGUUUGAAGGCAGCACUCUUAUUAUCACGUAUGCCCUGCGAAAUUGUGGGAGAAGCAAUAGCAGCUGAUCAACUGCAUGAUGCUGUUAAUGUAGUAUUAUCCCUACAGAACAGCAAUGGAGGGUUUGCAUCAUAUGAACUCACAAGAUCCUAUGCUUGGCUGGAGAUGAUCAAUCCAGCUGAAACAUUUGGAGAUAUGGCUAUUGAUUAUCAGUAUGUGGAAUGCACAUCAUCAGCAAUUGAAGGCCUUAAUGCAUUCAUGAAAUUAUAUCCAGGGCAUUGGAAGAAAGAAAUAGAAGCAUGUAUUGCAAAGGCAGUUCAAUUCAUCGAGAGCAUACAACUUCCUGAUGGCUCAUGGUAUGGGUCUUGGGGAGUUUGCUACACCUAUGGAACAUGGUUUGGAAUAAAGGGGUUAAUGGCUGGUGGCAAGACCUAUCAAACAAGUAAUAGCAUUAGAAGAGCAUGUCAUUUCUUGCUAUCUAAGCAACUCGAUUCAGGUGGCUGGGGAGAGAGCUUUCUCUCAUGCCAAAACAAGGUAUACACAAAUCUCGAAGGGAACAAACCACAUAUAGUAAACACUGGAUGGGCUACGUUGGCUCUAAUUGAAGCAGGGCAGGGUGAAAGGGACCCGAUCCCCUUGCAUCGAGCAGCAAAGGUAUUGAUCAAUUCACAGAUGGAAAAUGGAGAUUUCCCACAACAGCAAAUCAUGGGAGUCUUCAGCAAAAAUUGCAUGAUUAGUUACUCCGCCUACAGAAAUAUCUUUCCCAUCUGGGCACUUGGAGAGUAUCGAAACCGGGUAUUGCUACUUAACAAAUGAAUCAAU